GUGCAGCGUUGUGCUAAUUUCGAGAAUAAAAUAGCUCGACUUGUCGUGUGAGAGAUUCAGUUGUUCGAGAAACGUUCUAGCCGCAAGUUUGAACUGCCGAUCAGUCAUAGAAAGGAUACCAAAUAGAUCAUCGGAAUGAAUUACCUCAUUGGAUUGCUGUGCCUGUGCCUGGUGGCAUUGGGGGUCAAGGCAGUUCCCGCUCCAGCCCAAGCUGAUAGUAGCAAAUACUUUUCGGCGAACGAUCUGCCAAAAUGCGCAACGGAUGAGGACCAGCUAGCGGAUUGCAUUAAGGAGAUAUUCAAUACGCUGACGCCGCGUCUCAAGGACGGCAAUCCCAAGCUGAGAAUCCCGCCGUAUGAGCCCUUACACCUCAACCGCACCAGUUUCCAGUACUCAAGUGGCACCGUUAACGGGCGCAUCACCGUGCGGAAUGCCAAGAUCUACGGAUUUGCGGCCAACACCGCCAAAGAAGUGAAAAUCGAGCUCAAUGGCGACAAGGUUAAGCUGAACCUGAUCACCUUUAUGCCCAAGAUGAACAUUGUGGGCAGCUACAAGGCCGACUUGCAGGUGAAUCAGCUCCAUCUGAAGCCCAAAGGCGAAUUCAACGUGACGCUGAAGGAUGUGGAGACAGCGACGCGAACUGAGGGGGAGCUCUACAAGAAGGAUGGCCAUCGGUUCCUGCGGCUCAGCAACAUCGACACAGCGCCAAAGAUUGGAGACUUGAAAAUCAAAGCCAAUGGAAUAUUCGCAGAUCCAGAAUUGGAUGAACUAGCUCUCAAUGUCGCCAAUCAGUAUUGGCGCGAUAUUUAUGGAAUAAUGCUGCCUGAGACGCGUCAGUUUUGGCAGCCCCUCCUGCUGCGCAUGUUCAAUGAGGCCUUAGAACUGGUUCCCAUCGAUCAGUUUAUUGUCGAUGAGUCGCUCAAUUAGUUCAAUUCAGUAAGAUGUACAAUUUGUGAUGAUGUGCAUAAAUAAAUUGCAUUAGGUGAAA